AUGGGUGUUCCCGGAUUAUGGGAGGUACUACGUCCUGCUGCGACCCGCUCGUCCUUAUCUGCACUAUGUAAAACUGCCUUCUUUGCCAAUCGAAAUGGUCUUCGAGCUCUCACUAUCGGAGUUGACGCUUCUCUUUGGAUCUUCCACGCCCAAUGUGUCCCACAAGGAGGAGAGAACCCCUUCGUCCGUACGAUCUGGUUCAAGAUCUGCACACUCCUGCAGCAGCCCGUCCUCCCGGUGUUUGUCUUCGAUGGACCGGACAAGCCAGGUUCGAAGCGGGGCAAGUCGGUCUCGGGGGCAUUCGGCACGAGCGACGGUCACAGCUUGCAAUUCAAGCAGAUAUUGGACAACUGUGGGCUGGAGUGGUGGAACCGGAGCUUGCGCAGCAAUUCGGCAAACCUGUCUGGGACGUCGCACACAGCAACAAGCAAAGGCGACAUGAAGACUUACGAGAUCUACCGAUCGAGCGACAUCGCUUCGGCAUGGGGAGACAAGCAGGGUAGUGCACUCCAAUCGGAGGAAGACUGCCGGAUCGCCAUGAUCUUCGUGGCGAUGCUAGCGGGAGGAGACUACGUUCCGCAGGGAUUAGACGCUUUUGGACCGACCAUCGCCUUUGCUCUCGCCAACGCCGGCAUGUCGGCCGAUCUCUCACUCUUCCUGUCCAGUCCCGCCGCCUUCAGUGCCGCCGUCCCUGCGCUGAAAGAACGGAUUAUGGCUGAGCUCCGUACCAACUCUACCGGGUUCGUUGGCCGAAAGUACCCCAGCCGAGCCGAUAAGGUCGCCAACCUCACUUCUGCCGAGCUCUUCAACCUCCCCGCGCUGCAAUCCUACCUCCGACCCGCCACCUCCCCUAUCUCCAAUCCCGCGGCUGGCUGGCCGGGGUUCGGCAAAGGCGUGUCGAUCCAUGCCAAACGGGGUAUGGGGCGGAAUGGUGGUCGAGGUGAUCUCGAGGGGAUGGCGCGCGCAUGCGAAAAAUUCUUCGAGUGGGGCACAAAGGAGCUGGUCGUCAAGCGUUUCGCAAGCGAGGGGACGGGGGUGUUCGGCGCGGAGCUCAUUUCCGCCGCUCGGAGUAGGCGGAAGGAGCAGGAUGGGACGACAGAGGCGGGACCAAGAAUUGCUGUGGCGGGACCAUCGAUUCAAGGUCGCCUGACGUCUUACUUUGGAUCGACCUCGGCGCCUUCGUCCUCCCGACUCCCAUCGAAAUCGGUCAGCCGAGAACCAUCCCCCGCCCAUACUAUCCCAACGCCCAGCUACCUCCUCCAGAUCGAGCGGACACGGCCGGACCCUACCUGCCCCGACCUCACCGAAUAUAGGAUACAGUACGAUAUCAAGCCAUUCAUGGCCCGCACACAGGGCGCAAUGGACGGGCAUCGACCAGAUCCCAAAGACCUCUCGCCGGAAGAACGGGCGGCGCUCGGUCUAGUCAAUGCCGAGGUGGAUGAUGAUGGUGACGAGCCCUCGGCUAGCCAAGCGAAGAAGAAGAAGGCGGAUGUGGCAGAGAAGGGAACUGCGAGGGUCUGGAUCGCGGAUUGGCUCGUCAAGGAGGCGUGGCCGGUGUUGGUCGAGCAGUGGGACGACAAGGAGGCUGCCAAGUUGGCGAAAUUGGCGGCGAAGGGCAAGGGGAGGACAAAGACUGUCAAGCCUGCCACGCCAAAGAAGAGCAAAGGCAAGGGCAAGGAG